CAAUAACAAAAAUACAAAACACAAUAAAAACAAAAAAUUGAAAUUUUUAAGUUUAUAGAUGAAAUACGUAAUUUAGAUGUUGGCGACAUGGUCAUGGCCAAUUUUGAUAUUAAAUCAUUGUUCACUAAUAUAUAUCUUGAAGAAACAAUACGCUUAGUCUGUGAUGACUUAAGUUUAAGGACAACACUAUUCUUGGCAACUUUUCGAAAACACAAUCCAACAAUUUGUAAUAUCUUGCUGUUAAAGACUGACCUUUUCUGUUUAAUAAGAAGCUAUAUAUUCAGACGGACGGUGUGGCCAUGGGUUCUUGUUUGGGUCCUACACUGGCGAAUGCUUUUCUGUGUCUAAAUUAAAUUAAUUGGUUAGGGGAUUGCCCUUGUUUUAAACCUGUUUAUUUCUGUAGAUGUGUUGAUGAUUGUUUUAUUCUUUUUAGGGACUCUACACAAAUUCCAUUGUUUUAAGAUUACAUUAACGCUAGACACCCGAAUAUAAAAUUUACCUGUGAAAUGGAGAAUAAUGGUACUCUACCUUUCCGACAAGGUGAUAUUAGAAAUGCUUCUAACAGUGUGAACUAAACUGUGAGACACUUCAUACUUAUGUGCGGUUUAUUGGGAGAAAUUGCAAUUAUACCGAAUUAAUUUCCUUUCUCUUGUGUCAUAGCCAUAGCCUUUCAAGGUCAAUGCAAUUAAGACAUUAUUAUAUAGAUAUUACAGCCUAACCUCUUCUUGGGAUUUGUUUGAUAAGGAGAUUAAGUUUCUCACUAUUUUUUUUUCUCAAUAAAGGUUUUCUUCGUAGUAUUACUAUUAUUAAUUCAACUAUCUCAGACUCCAGAGAAAGCAAGAGAAUAUAUUACGUUACCCUUUUAUGGCUAGCUGAGUUAUUCUAUCAGGAAAACCCUUAGUAGUUCUUUGAAAACAUAUUAUCCUGACGCUAAUUUUUUCUUUGUUUUCACUAAUCGUCACACUAUUGGCUCUCUUUAAAUUCAAAAGACAGUGUCCUUGCGAAUCUCGCCUCUAAUGUCGUAUAUGAAUUUAUCUGUUCAUGCUGUAAAGCACGAUACAUAGGUGAGACUCGCAGAAACUUACCACACAGAAUAGCUGAGCACAAAGGUUUUUCUGUUAGAACUAAUGGACUUUUAUGUAAUCCCUCCUUUUCUGCAAUUAGAACACACAUCCCUUUGGUGUCACUGAUUUCAAAAUUUUACAAAGAUCCAACACUGAUAUUGAGCUCUUAGAAGCACUAUUCAUAAAACAUAUACAACCAGACUUGAAUAAUCAACUUGUGUCGACUAGGCUUCACACUUUCCAAUAAAAGUUUUGAAUAUUUGCUUCACCUUCCUCUCCUACUUUUCUUCUCACAUUACCUCAACCAUUCUCACUCGUCCUUCCUCUACACCUUGUAGCAUAUACAUCCAGGUGUACUGUCACGUGAUGUAGUUAAGUACACAAUAUUCAGUGACCUAAAGGACGUCCCCGAAGGUAAUGGAUUCUUAUGUUGACGCGAGAAAGUAUGUUAAAGAAGACGCCGGGGUGAAGGUUGAUGUGUCAGUGAUCAUUCCAGUACACAAUGGGGCCACAUGGUUGGAUGCCUGUCUUGCCUCAGUGGAGCAGCAGCAGCUUCAGCAAAACGGUGCAGUGCUUAUGGUGGAGGUGUCUCUCUUCCUUGACUCCUGCACUGAUGCUUCGGAGACUGUGGUGCAGCAGUGGAUCCCGCCACUGCAGAGGAAGGGAUGCUGUGUCACCUUGACCACUGAACACAACAGCAGCCCCAGAGGAGUUGGGUAUGCCAAGAACAGGGCUGUGGAGCAGAGUCGAGGAGAGUUCCUGUGUUUUCUUGAUGCAGAUGAUGUUAUGAUGCCUACAAGAAUACGGAAGCAAUAUGAACUUGCUUGCAAAGCUUCUAAUGCUAUUGUGGGGUGCCGCUUUGUGCGAGAUCCUCCAGAGUCCACUGUGCGGUUCACUCGCUGGGCCAACACUCUCACCCAAGAGCAACUGCAGCUUCAGGUGUUCAUGUCACAUGGCCCCACUGUCAUCAUGCCCACCUGGUUCUGUCACCGCAGAGUUUUUGACCACGUUGGUGGCUUCAGUGAGGAAGGAGCAGGAACCCCAGAGGAUCUCAUAUUCUUUUUCCACCACCUGAGACUCAGAGGGAAGGUCUUGCGGCAUGAUGAUGAGCUCCUGGUGUACCGGUACCACCCCCAGGCCACCACAUUCUCUAUAGACGAGCAAACCAUUUGGGACCUGCGAAUGAAGGAGCUUGAGGCACGAGUGCUGUGUUCCUGGGAGGCCUUCACCAUAUGGAAUGCAGGGAAACAGGGCCGCAAAUUUUACAGAUCACUGAGCAAGGAGGCCCAGAGGAAGGUUGUGGCAUUCUGUGAUGUGGAUGCCAAGAAGAUCAACUCAUUCUACACUUAUGAAGAAUCACUAGAAAGACCGAAGCCCAAAGUUCCCAUUGUGCAUUUCACUGAAGCUCGCCCUCCUUUAGUGAUCUGCAUGAAGCUGGAGUUGACAGGAGGCAAGUUUGAAGAGAACUUGGCAUCUCUGAAGCUUGAGGAAGGAAAGGAUUACCACCUCUUUAACUGAGCUGCCUCACUAGCAUAGUAACAAGUGCCUUUGUAUGACAAUUAAGUUAAUAUUUCACCACAUGCAAGGUGGCUCCCAAGAAUGGUGUCCCUUUCAUGGUGAGUGAAAGCUAAAGAAAUAAAAAGACUAUAUCUCAUG